AUGUUUCUAUCGCUUGUUUUCAUUUCGAAGGGCUGCAAUGGUGGGACAUUUGUUGAAGCCAUGAGUUUUUUGGAAGACUAUGGUGUCGUGACUGGUAAUGACUUCAAACCACAGGGUCAACUGAGUGAGGCUGAUGGUUGCUGGCCGUAUCCGUUCCAGAAGUGCAACCAUGUACCAACGGAAAAUAGUGAAUACCCAAAGUGCAAGGAUGUGGCUCAUCAGCCUCUCCCUCCAUGUCGAACAACAUGCACCAACAAGGCAUACAAGAAGAGCUUAAAGAAAGAUGUUCACCGAGCGAAAAGCUGGAGGAAAGUAUUUAAUGAUGCUCAGAGCAUCAAGCAGGAGAUAUUUGAUAAUGGCCCAGUCUUCAGCGCCUUCAAGAUGUACGAAGAUUUCAGAUAUUACAAGUCUGGAGUUUACGUGCCAACGACCAAGGAAGUCCUCUCCUUCCAUUUGGUCAAAAUUAUUGGUUGGGGAGCCGAUUCCGUUCAAGAAUAUUGGUUGGCGAUGAAUUCGUGGAACGAAGAGUGGGGAGAUCAUGGACUAAUAAAGAUGGCAUUUGGGAAGAAUCGUUUGGAAGAAACGGUACUUUCCAUAGAGCCAGAUAUGUGA